GAGAAGGUCAUGUUGUGAACACCGAGUGCAGUACCCUGGAUUGCAAGAAGUGCUUUUGAAUUGCUGCUUCACCUGUAAGGACUGUUUGGAUCUGUGAAUGAUGGGAAGGGAAGAGGUGGAAAGAAAAGAUGCUGCCUGACCUGAGUGUUUCCAGCAUUUUCUGUUUUGAUCACAGAAGCCAGUCUCCAGCCAAUUUGAUUCACUCCAUGUGGUGUCGAGAAACAGCUGAGAGCACUGGAUACAAUGAAGACUACAGUACUAGACAAUAUCCCAGCUGCUGUAUUUGAAGGCUUGUGCUCCAGAACUAGUUGUGCCUCUCACCAAGUUGUUUCAGUACAGUAACAACACUGGCAUUUACCCAACAAUGUGGACAUUUGCCCAGAGUUAAAGAACCAUCGGUGAGGCUGUUGCUUAAUGCUGGUAUACCGAGUGUUACAGGUCAGGCACGUUGUUUACCGCACACUGACUGGGGCCCAGAUUGCAGCAAGGAAAGCGGUUUGGCCAGAAUCUUUCCUCCAUAUUCCUGCAGAACAAAGCUCUGCAAUGGAAACGGGAAAUGAAUUGCAAGCAGAGCCACAGCUGACAUGUCGAGGCAAUGGUGAUGACCAGUUACAAAAAGUGAACCUUUUGGAGGGUACAUCAAACCCUUUGCCGGAUCGUGAAACUUCUCCAGGUGCUCCGAUCGGAGAAACUGUUAUAAAUGAAGGGAAGGCAGAAAUUAUUUUUCCCAAUGCCAACGAAGUAUUUUACAAUCCUGUGCAGGAGUUUAACCGUGACCUGACGUGUGCUGUCAUCACAGAGUUUGCUCGUCAGAAGCUCCUGGCCAAGGGGAUUCAAGUGUUGGUCCCUGGAGAGCGGGAGAGACUGAAGAUGGUUGUAAGCCUGACGGAAAGUGAAACCACUGAGCAAGGAGAUGCACCAGUGAUUAAGAAGACGACCAGUGUUGGGGAGAAAUGUGAGGAUGGGAUCCGUAUACUGGAAGGACUGGCGGCAUCUGGGCUCCGCUCGAUCCGAUUUGCCAAGGAAGUCCCUGGAAUUCACAGUAUUGUGGCAAAUGAUUUUUCCUCAAAAGCAGUGGAGCUGAUGCAGAGAAACAUUGAGCUCAAUGGAGUGGAGCACAUGGUAACGGCAAGCUUGGCAGACGCAAGCAUGCUCCUGUAUGAGUCCAAAAGGAGACGGGACCGGUUUGACGUGAUCGACCUGGAUCCCUACGGAAGUCCGUCGCAGUUCAUUGAUGCAGCCGUCCAAGCAGUGAGUGAAGGAGGGCUUCUGUGUGUGACAUGUACAGACAUGGCAGUGAUGGCUGGCAACAGUGGAGAGACGUGUUACAGCAAGUAUGGAGCCAUGUCGCUGAAAUCCAAAUUUUGUCAUGAAAUGGCUCUGCGUAUCAUCCUGCAUAACUUGGACCUGCGAGCAAACUGCUACCAGCGAUAUAUCGUCCCUGUCCUUUCUGUCAGCGCCGACUUCUACAUCCGAGUGUUUGUCCAGGUGUUCACAGGACAAGCUGUGGUUAAAGCAUCGGCCAGCAAGCAGGCUUUGGUGUACCACUGCGUGGGGUGUGGCUCCUUCCACAUUCAAAGGAUGGGAAAAAUGAUUCACAAUGGCAAAAAUUACAAGUACACAGCAAGUUCGGGUCCACCAGUGGGGGCAGAGUGUGAGUAUUGCUGCCACAGGCACCAGCUUGGUGGUCCAAUCUGGGCUGAGCAGAUCCAUGACCAGGGUUUCAUCAAGAAAGUCCUUGAAUCGGUGGAACAAACCCCGCAGCGGUUCAAGACUUCGGACAGGAUACUGGGCGUGCUGAGCAUGGUCACAGAGGAGUUACCAGAUUGCCCUCUAUACCACACAAUGGAUCAUCUGAGCAGUGUUAUCCACUGCAGUACCCCAUCGCUCCUACAGAUGAGGUCGUCCUUGCUUCACGCUGGUUAUCGGGUGUCACUCUCUCACGCCUGUAAAAAUGCGGUUAAAACUGACGCACCACAUUCAGUGAUCUGGGAUAUCAUGAGGAGCUGGGCAAAGAUCCACCCAGUGAAGCGAGAGAAGCUGUCCGAGAGCAGUCCUGCCUUCCGGAUCCUCAGCAAGGAGCCUGUUCUGCAGGCUUGCUUUGACAUCCGGGAAGAUGCCAAUCCAAAAUCUAGGAAGAAAGGGCUGAAGCGAUUCCAGGAAAAUCCAGAAGCCAACUGGGGGCCCAAGGCAAGGGCCAGGGCCAGUGGAGGAAUCCAUCCGUGUCUAGAAGAAAAAAGAAAACGGCUGCAGAACAAACGGAAGCAGCGGAACGAAGAUCUGGAGUGUGGGAAACAAAUCCCCUGUAAGAAGUUCAGAGAGGGUAACUGCACAUAUGGACAGGAGUGCCAUUACUCACAUCAACAGGAGAGUGAGACAGUGGAGAAUGGGCCCAAAUGAAAACUCUCCAAAGCACCCGCCCUAAGAUGUGCAGUUGUAAUUACCACAACUACUGACUCUAUGCCCUCACUGUAAGUGGUGCAGAAUCUGUAAAUGGAAUGUAAAGUUCAAGAUUCUACAUGCAGUGUUUCAAUUUUAUUUUUAAUUAAACUUUUUUUUAAAGAAAUCUGUAGCUGAAGUGUAACGAACCUGUCUGUACUAACACUCUUGAGGUGUAGUUCCAGGAAAUCAGUGCCCCACCACUGACAAACCCAUCCCAGUCAUGCCUCACAUCUAAGUGUGUGGGUUACUUAACAGUGCCCUAAGACAGGAAUUUAUGCCUAAUCCCUUGUGUGUAUCAAGGCCAAUUUUAAUACUUCUGUUGAUCUAAAACUUGGCCCUUGAUCAAUUAUAAAGUAAUCCCAUCCAAACAGAGGAAUGCAGUGCUUCUUUGCUUUUUUUUUCAACCACUGAAACACCAAGGAUGUUGUAGCAACAGCAUGCCCCAUCUUGCCAAGAGAGCUGUUGAUUGAACUCAUUGAUUGCUGGAGGUUGGAAUUCUUUUUGUUGAAGGCUUUCUUUUUUUUUGUUCAAGUUCUUUUCCACUGUAUGUCUUUCUCCACCAU